CUGCUGAGGAAGAGGCUGUGAUGCCGCUGGAUGAUGGCUGCUUUCGGAAUCCUAAGUUACGAACACCGGCCCUUAAAGCGGCCUCGGCUCGGCCCUCCGGACGUCUAUCCCCAAGAUCCGAAACAAAAAGAGGAUGAGUUGACUGCACUUAAUGUGAAGCAGGGAUUCAAUAACCAGCCAGCUGUGUCUGGUGAUGAGCACGGCAGUGCCAAAAAUGUCAACUUCAACCCCUCAAAGAUCAGCUCCAACUUCAGCAGCAUUAUCGCAGAAAAGCUGCGUUAUAACACGUUCCCUGACACAGGGAAGCGUAAGCCACAGGUCAACCAGAAGGAUAAUUUCUGGCUCGUCACAGCAAGGUCACAGAGCUCCAUCAAUAACUGGUUCACAGAUUUAGCAGGGACCAAACCCCUAACACAGCUGGCUAAAAAGGUUCCCAUCUUUAGCAAAAAGGAGGAGGUUUUUGGAUACUUGGCGAAAUACUCAGUCCCUGUAAUGCGUUCAGCAUGGAUGAUCAAAAUGACGUGUGCAUAUCAUGCAGCCAUCACAGAAACUAAAGUUAAGAAGAGACAUGUGAUUGAUCCUUGUAUAGAAUGGACACAGAUCAUUACCAAGUACUUGUGGGAGCAGCUUCAGAAAGUGGCAGAGUUUUAUAGACAGUUUCCCAGUCAAGGCUGUAGCUCACCACUACCAGCCACUCCUGCUGACAUCGAGACGGCCAUGAAGCAGUGGGAAUACAACGAGAAGCUGGCCAUGUUCAUGUUUCAGGAUGGUAUGCUGGACAGGCAUGAGUUCCUAACAUGGGUGCUGGAAUGCUUUGAGAAGGUGCGACCUGGUGAGGAUGAGCUUCUCAGACUCCUCCUGCCCCUUUUGCUACAGUACUCAGGGGAAUUUGUACAGUCAGCUUACUUGUCACGGAGACUGGCUUACUUCUGCACACGUCGCCUCAACCUGUUGCUAAGCGACGGGAGCCUAGGCCCUGGCACAGGAGGACAUCCAGGCCAUGGAAUCUUGACGCAGCAAGGUAACGCCCUGCCCCCAACCCCGACCUCCCAGCCAGCAGGAGGGAACCAGCCCCAGACCCCCUUCACAGAUUUCUACAUCUGCCCUCAACACAGGCCUCUGGUGUUCGGCCUCAGCUGCAUGUUACAGAGCAUAGUGUUGUGUUGUCCCAGUGCCCUGGUGUGGCAUUACUCACUAACAGACAGCAGAAACAAGACUGGUUCACCUCUGGACCUCCUUCCCAUUGCUCCAUCCAGCUUACCAAUGCCAGGAGGCAACACAGCCUUUACACAGCAGGUCCGUGCAAAGUUAAGAGAAAUCGAGGAGCAAAUUAAGGAGCGAGGCCAGGCAGUGGAGUUCAGGUGGUCGUUUGAUAAGUGCCAAGAGACCACAGCGGGGUUCACUAUUGGAAGGGUUCUCCACACUCUGGAGGUUUUAGACAACCACAGCUUUGAGAAGUCUGACUUUAACAACUCGCUGGAUUCGCUGUACAACAGGAUAUUUGGGUCAGGCCAGAGUAAAGACGGCCAUGAAAUGUCCCCAGAUGACGACGCUGUGGUGACCUUGCUUUGUGAAUGGGCAGUGUGCUGUAAGCGCUCUGGCAGACAUAGAGCCAUGGUGGUGGCUAAGCUGCUGGAAAAGAGACAGGCUGAAAUAGAAGCAGAGAGAUGUGGUGAGUCAGAGGUAGUGGAUGAGAAAGGCUCCGUGUCAUCUGGCUCCCUCUCAGCAGCUACACUACCAGUUUUUCAGGAUGUUCUGCUGCAGUUCCUUGACACCCAGGCUCCCACACUGACGGAGCCUGGGAAUGAAAGUGAACGAGUGGAGUUCUCCAACCUGGUGCUGCUCUUCUGUGAGCUCAUCCGUCACGAUGUCUUUUCCCACAACAUCUACAUGUGCACGCUCAUUUCACGCGGUGACCUGGCUUCGGACUCCCACUUACCGCGCCCACGAUCCCCCAGCGAUGAGCCCUCUGAUGAAUCAGAACGCAAGGAGCAGGAAGCAGGCAGCAGUGUCAAGAUGGAGGAUACCGGUCUGUCGGAGUCCAUGGAAAUAGAUCACAACUCCAGUGCUAAUUUUGACGAGAUGUUUUCUCCUCCGAUGCACUGUGAGUCGAAGGGCAGCCCAUCUCCAGAGAAGCCAGCUCUGGAGCAGGACAGCAAGGUCGGCUGUAAGGACAAAGGCUUGGACCCGGCCUUCCCUCAGCUGUACGAGCAACCUCGCCACAUUCAGUAUGCCACUCACUUCCCCAUUCCUCAGGAGGAGAGCGCCAGCCACGAGUGCAACCAGCGGUUAGUGGUCCUGUACGGCGUAGGAAAACUAAGAGAUGAAGCGCGACACACCAUCAAGAAAAUUACCAAAGACAUCUUGAAGGUGCUCAACCGCAAAAGCACAGCAGAAACGGGUGGCGAGGAAGGACAGAAGAGGAAGAGGAGUAAGCCAGAGGCUUUUCCGACUGCAGAGGAUAUCUUCUCCAAAUUCCAGCACCUCUCUCACUUUGACCAGCACCAGGUCACCUCACAGGUUUCCAGAAACGUGCUGGAACAGAUCACCAGUUUUGCCUUAGGAAUGUCAUAUCACCUGCCUCUCGUCCAGCACAUUCAGUUCAUCUUUGACCUCAUGGAGUACUCCCUCAACAUUAGUGGCCUCAUAGACUUUGCUAUUCAGCUCCUGAAUGAGCUGAGUCUGGUGGAAGCCGAGCUACUGCUGAAGUCGUCCAGCCUGGUGGGCAGCUACACCACCAGCCUGUGUCUGUGUAUCGUAGCUGUGUUGAGGAGGUACCACUCCUGUCUCAUUCUCAAUCCUGAGCAGACAGCACAAGUCUUUGAUGGGUUGCGCAUCGUGGUGAAAUCAGGUGUAAACCCAGCAGACUGCUCCUCGGCUGAGCGCUGCAUCUUGGCCUACCUUUACGAUCUUUACACCUCCUGUAGUCACCUCAAAAACAAGUUUGGUGAGAUCUUCAGUGAGUUCUGUUCCAAAGUGAAGAACUCCAUCUACUGCAACAUCGACCCCUCAGACUCCAACAUGCUUUGGGAUCCUGUGUUCAUGAUGGAGGCCAUUGCCAACCCGUCGGCCCACAACUUCAACCACUCCAUGGUGGGGAAAAUCCUCAACGACAGCCCGGCCAACCGCUACAGCUUUGUUUGCAAUGUGCUCAUGGAUGUGUGCGUGGACCAUCGAGACCCAGAGAGGGUGAACGACAUCGGUAUCCUGUGUGCAGAGCUGACGGCUUAUUGUCGCUCUCUAAGUGCCGAGUGGCUCGGCAUCCUCAAGGCUCUCUGCUGCUCCUCUAACAACGGCAACUGUGGCUUCAAUGAUUUACUAUGUAACGUGGAUGUGAGCGAUUUGUCCUUCCACGAUUCUCUGGCAACUUUUGUCGCCAUUCUCAUUGCUAGACAGUGCCUACUCCUAGAAGACUUGGUUCGAUGUGUGGCUAUUCCUUCCCUCCUCAAUGCAGCGUGCAGUGAGCAAGACUCGGAGCCAGGAGCCAGACUCACCUGCAGGAUUCUGCUGCACCUUUUUAAAACGCCACAGCGCAACCCUGUGCCCCAAGAUGGUGUCAAGUCAGAUAAAGCAGCAGUUGGUAUCCGGUCGUCUUGCGAUCGCCACCUUCUCGCAGCCUCUCAGAACAGCAUUGUCGUUGGAGCAGUGUUCGCUGUCCUAAAAGCUGUUUUCAUGCUGGGUGAUGCUGAACUGAGAGGAUCUGGACUGUCACACCCUGCAGGCCUGGAUGACAUAUCUGAGGGACGCAAUGUCUCCAUAGAAACCGCAAGCUUAGAUGUGUAUGCAAAGUAUGUUCUGAAGACGAUCUGCCAGCAGGAAUGGGUUGGCGAGCGCUGCCUUAAAUCCCUGUCUGAGGACAGCAGUGCCCUCCAGGACCCAGUGCUGGUGAACAUUCAGGCCCAGCGGCUGCUGCAGCUCAUUUGCUAUCCUCACCGCCAGUUGGACAGUGAUGAUGGUGACAACCCACAGAGACAGCGCAUCAAACGCAUCCUACAGAACAUGGACCAAUGGACGAUGAGACAGUCGUCCCUGGAGCUGCAGCUGAUGAUCAAGCAGAGCACAAACAAUGAGCUCUACUCGCUCUUGGAGAACAUAGCCAAGGCCACGAUAGAGGUGUUUCAGAAAUCGGCUGAGAUGAACUCCAGUAACCCCUCAGGGAACGGAGCAGCGGCACAAGGCGGCUCCGCCUCAAACAGCAGCAGCACCACGAGCAAGAUGAAACCAAUUUUAAGCUCUUCAGAGCGGUCGGGUGUUUGGCUAGUGGCUCCGUUGAUUGCCAAACUGCCCACCUCAGUUCAGGGCCAUGUGCUGAAGGCAGCCGGAGAGGAGCUGGAGAAAGGGCAGCACCUGGGCUCUUCCUCACGUAAGGAGAGGGACAGACAGAAACAGAAAAGUAUGUCCCUGUUGAGUCAGCAGCCAUUUCUCUCUUUGGUGCUGACCUGCUUGAAGGGGCAGGAUGAACAGAGGGAAGGCCUUCUCACCUCACUCUACAGCCAGGUGCAGCAGAUUGUCACCAACUGGAGAGAAGACCAAUACCAGGACGACUGCAAGGCAAAGCAGAUGAUGCACGAGGCUCUGAAACUACGGCUGAAUCUUGUGGGGGGCAUGUUUGACACGGUGCAGCGCAGCACCCAGCAGACGACUGAAUGGGCAGUACUACUUCUCGACAUCAUCAGCAGCGGCACAGUGGACAUGCAGUCCAAUAAUGAGCUCUUCACAACUGUGUUGGACAUGUUGAGUGUGCUGAUUAAUGGCACACUGGCUGCUGACAUGUCCAGUAUCUCUCAGGGCAGCAUGGAGGAGAACAAGAGAGCCUAUAUGAACCUGGUUAAGAAGCUCAGGAAGGAACUCGGAGAUCGACAGUCAGAAAGUUUGGAAAAGGUGCGCCAGCUACUGCCUCUGCCCAAGCAAACCCGUGAUGUCAUUACCUGUGAACCUCAGGGGUCGCUCAUAGACACAAAGGGCAACAAGAUAGCUGGCUUUGAGAAAGAGGGCCUCCA